UGUGGGACCCAUCUGUCAUUCACACCAAAAAAAAUAUAUUUGUGGGACCCAUUGACAUGUGGGGCCCACAUAUCAUCCUCUAUCUCCAACCCUUCUUCCUCCUCCCUUCCUCUCACAUGAGCUGCGUCCUCGGCCGCCCCUCCGCCCCCUCCCUCGACCACCCCCAGCAGCCCAACCCCCCGCCCGUCGCCCCGGAGAAGCCGCCCGCCGUCGCCAAGAAGGCGGCCGAGGAGGAGGAGGAGAAGAAGCCGCCGAAGCAGGCUAGGAGGGAGAGGCACGCAUGGUCGUCGCGGUCUGCCGCCGCCGAGGCGGUCGGCCUGGGGCUCGGGGGGAGCUUCGCCAACAGGGCGCGCGGGGAGCAGGUGGCGGCCGGCUGGCCCGCCUGGCUCUCCGCCGUCGUCGGCGAGGCCAUCGACGGCUGGACCCUGCGCCGCGCCGACUCCUUCGAGAAGAUCGACAAGAUCGGGCAGGGGACGUACAUCAACGUGUACAAGGCGCGGGACACGGUGACGGGCAAGAUCGUGGCGCUCAAGAAGGUGCGCCGCCCCCACCCCGGCGCGCGACAUCCCCGCCCGCACCGGCCGCCGCCGCCUCCCCCCAGCCGCUCCCUCGUGCCUUCCUCGCCGCCACGGCCUCCUCGCCCCACUGCGCCCCCGCGUCCCCGACGCCGGCACCGCCGCCCCCGCCCUUCACCGGCCCUACCGUCCGAUGGGAAGGAGAAAAAGGGAGAGAAAAGAUAGAGAAGGGAGAGAGAGGGAGGAGGAAGAAGGGUGGGAGAGAGAGGAUGACAUGUGGGCCCCACAUGUCAAUGGGUCCCACAAUAUUUUUUUUUGUGUGAAUGACAUAUGGGUCCCACGUAUAUUUUUUUAAUUGUAAUGCCACUUAAGCGCCACGUGAGACAAAGACUGGGUUAGCGCCGCCACGUCAGCAAAACCGCCCUCCAUUACCGCUGGGAGAGUCAAAUUGCACCGUUUUCAAUAGUUCGGGGAGUCGUUCUAUCCGGUUUUCUGGUUGAGGGGUACGAAUUAGAUUCGGCGUACAAUUAAGGGAUUUAAAGUGGACUUUUUCCGAAAUGAAAUGACUGGUAAUCAGUACUCGGAAUUGGGCCUAGUCAAGUCUAUAAUAGGCUUUUCAUGGGCCUCUCGCGAUGGGUUAGUCGUAGUUUCUCUCUGCUGGGCUGUAUCUUGUACGAGACGGGCACUAAUCUUUUAUUCGGCAUUGUUCGUUUAAUCCCAAAGGGAUUUUGGUGGGAUGAAAAGCCCUUCCUUUUCAAUUGGGUAGGGGGUGGUAAUUGGGGAAUCUCAA